GCAGGGUACGUCCCAUCAAGGUGGAUAUUCCCAUGAUGCUGUGGUGUAUGCACUACAAAAAUGUGGCAUUCGUCAUAUUGAUACAGCAAAAAGAUACGGCUGUGAAUCUCUCCUUCAGAAAGCUAUCAAAGAAAGUGAUGUGAAACGAGAGGACCUCUGGAUAACUACCAAACUCUGGCAUACCGACUAUGGCUAUGAAAACACAAAACAAGCCUGCCUGGAAUCAUGCAGAAGACUUGGUGUUCAGUACCUCGAUCUUUAUUUGGUACACUGGCCUGAUGCACAAGUUCCUGGUAAAAGUAAUCGUGAGGUCCGAGCUGAAACCUGGAGAGCCAUGGAGGACCUAUAUGAGAAAGGUAUAUGUCGGUCUAUUGGUGUCAGCAAUUUUCUCAUUAAUCAUUUGGAGCAACUUGAGGAAGAUUGUAAGAUAACCCCACAUGUUAAUCAGGUUGAAUAUCACCCUUUCCAAAGGCCCCAAGAGCUGGUGGAUUAUUGUAGAAGUAGAAACAUUGUUUUUGAAGGCUACUGCCCAUUAGCCAAAGGCGAAGCUCUUACUCAUCCUAAUAUAAUUCAGCUGGCAAAGAAAUAUGGCAAAACCCCUGCACAGAUCUGUAUACGUUGGAGCAUACAGAAUGGGAUUGUCACUAUUCCAAAAUCUACAAAAAUAGAAAGGAUACGGGAAAACUGUGAGUGUUUAGCUCUGAUGCUCUGUCCAGUAAUGGCAAGUUUGCUGGUGAGACAGAGAAAGCUAACAGUAGAAUUUUGCUGGACUGAUUUGCAUCAUUGGAGUAAAAGUGAGUUUGAGCAUAUCUUUCCACUACAUUUUUGUUAGUAUUAUGUUAUCCAGUUGCACCACUAGGGCACUUCUGUUAUUAUUUUAAUAAGUGCAAAAAAAGGUACGUAGUGAUGGGAUAUAGUCAAGUUUCUUAGGACUUUGGAUGCAAUGACUUCUGGUAAAAGUAUUUCAAGUCACUUACUGAACUCCUUUCAAUCCUAUUUUCAUUUCCUGCUGCUGACUUUCUCUUUUUUUUUUUUCCCCUUUCUCUGUCUAUUGCAGUGACAUUAAUAAACUCAGUGCUGUACUUGUAAUUCAGACACUAAUGUGCUAACGCUUAUUAAUUCUUACUGUUUUGGAACUAAGCUGCUCCUGAUUUCACCCAUUUUUUACUGGUCUAGUUCACAAAAAUAAGUUGUAUUAUAUGGAAACACAAAACACUAAUUUAGGCUUUGCAACAAAUAAGUGAAAUAUGUUUUUCAAUAUCACUUUGAAAUAGAAGUCAGUUUAAUUAAUGCUAAAUUACAGUCUAAACCCCCAGGGCUCUUAUGACACUCAUAUACACAUUAAAUAAGUUAACCAUGAUUCAUAUUAUUAUGUUAUUUAACAAUAGAAUGAAACCUGAUUUUAUUAUUUGAUAGCAUAUUUAUAGUAAACAAUCUUUACCUGCUUUACUCUAAUCAUUGUAUUAUUUCCUUUAAACCUAGGUUUUUGAUUUUAGUCUGAAGAAAGAAGAUCUGGAAUUUUUAGAUUCUUUGAACAUCAACAAAAAACUGAUUAACCUAACCUAUCCAUUAUGGAAAGGAUAACUUCAAACCAGAUUGUUCUAACCUGCAACAACUGAAACACUAAUACAUUUUGAACUGCACACAACUGUUUCAAAUCUACAUUGUUCUGUUACCUUUAAAGCUCCUGGCAGUAGCUUAUGAUGUUGACUAUUGUAUGCACAAAGUGAAUUAAAUGUGGCUUAGUUUC